CAACAACUUAAAAUGGCUAAACAGGAGAUAGAUGGUGUACAAUCAAAGUUAUCUGAAGUUUCAGAAAAACUGUACAAAGGUGAAAUGGACCGAAGGAAGCUACACGAUCAGAUACUGGAGCUGAAGGGGAACAUAAGAGUGUUUUGCAGAGUACGUCCUCUUCUGCCCAGUGACCACGCUGAUAACAUAGAACACGUUCAGUUCCCAAAUAAUGAUGAGAAGUCAAUCUUGCUUGCAAGGACUGAAGAGUCUCACAUUGGCAGAGAUAGCAAAGACCAGCUAAAAUACAGGUUCAGCUUUCACCGAGUUUUUCCACCCCGCUCCUCGCAACAAGAAGUCUUUGAAGAGAUUUCUCUUCUUGUGCAGUCGGCACUUGACGGAUACAAUGUUUGUAUCUUUGCCUAUGGCCAGACUGAAAGUGGAAAGACUUACAUCAUGGAAGGUCCAGAUCAACUUUAG